GUAAGGCAGUCAGUUUCAUUCCGGUAUUGCUUGUAAUGGUUGGAAUGCUCCAUUCCAAUAGUAAUCCGAAACAACGAAUCCUAAGUCCUGUUUCGGUGCAAAUUUUAGUUGGUAUCGGUUGUGUCCGUGCAUACCGGUUGAUUUUACUGAUUGGUGCAAAAAGACUUUGUAACCAUCAUGGAAGAUGGCAAUGGCAUCUUUUACAAUCAUCCAGUGCAACUAUCAGAGAUCGAAACACUUCAGAAACAACACGAGGAGAAAACAAUAAGGAUCCGAGACCUCAAGAGACAAAUCGAAGCGUUGAAGCUUCGUUUGGCGAAGACGAAAACGAAGAAAAACAUUAGCAGAGAUGAGAGAAGAGAAGCUUUCAAUGAACUGUGUGAGAAAUAUCACAGCUUGAGAAAUGAAUACAAUGCAUUAUUGAGUGAAAUUUAAAGGGAGCAGAGAUUAAUUUAACCAAAGAUUUCUUGUUACUAUUUAAUAUUUUGUUUCAUUUUAUCGUAUUUAAAUAUGUCCCAGACAUGAAUAUCGAAUAUGAAAUAUAUUUUGGUUUCAUUUUACA